AUGAGAACAUUUGUUUCUUUUCAGUACAGUGAUCGGUCCACGCCCGUUCUCCUGAUAGUGUCGCUCGCGGGUAUUAAAGUAUGCAGUCCAGAUGGAAAAUGCGUGCAAAUGGCGCACGCGUUAAGGCGCAUCUCGUACGCAACCUGUGAACCUCAGCACGCUCAAUUCAGCUUUCUCGCGCGAGAACCUAGAGCGCACUUCAGCAUACAAUAUUGCCACUCUUUCAUCACCGAAUCUGCAGAACAGGCGGAGGAGUUAAACACCAUUGUCGGCAAUGCUUUUCGUAUGGCAUACGUGGCGCAACUUCAGCGCCAACCGAUCCUUCAAGAUGUGAUCUCACCGCAAUCAUCACCACCCUAUCGCAAGGACAAACAAGAGAAUCGGUCUUCGUGGAACAAAUCGCUGCCUGGCGACAGUUCAAUCGCCAGCGCGGGUGGUGUUUGCAGGAAUUCGUCUUCGAAUUCGUGGUUAAAAAGUCGGACGUCGCCCACGUCCAGAACUGGAAGCGGUUCGUCUGCGGCGGACAUGAACGUUCAGCUCGGCAGCGCUGGCUCGCCCACGCUGCGACUCGCCAGCGUGAAGACACCAAACUCGAUCCCAGGUUUACGGCCAACGCACAACUUCACGAACGUUCUUGGCCCUAUAACGAACGAGGACGAGCCAAAAAGUAUCUCUCAGCAGAGCACGCCGAGUAGCGAUGAGAGCAACUCACCAACGGAACUAAACUCGUACAAGAGACUAACGGACAAGCCACCUCUGAUAAAGCGGCUGGCGAUGGGUUUGACAGGUGGUCGUGAUGUUCUUGGACUGAACGGUGAGGAUGACAGCUGCCCCCUCGUCAGUGGUAGCAGCACACCGACGAGCCCAUCGAACAGGCCGCAUUCUGGGGGUUAUAUAAACGAGGCGAUCAUCGACUCGGAGGGCACGAGGCCGACCUACAACAAGAUACCCCCAUCUGAGAGCCUGGACAAUACUAUCAACGCGUCUAUUACCGCGAAAAACUUCAAUAUUGAAAACAACAGGAUAGGGCACAACUCUCCGAGCUCUGGCACAGAAACAGAAUUUAAAUCGAAGAGGAGAUCUCAGAUUAGUACUUCGAGCAGCUCAGUACCUGCUGAUGGCAGUACUCAUGGUUCGACACCGACACCACCACCCCUUCCUGAGAGAACGGAUAGUCUGAAUAAUCGCAGUGAAGAAGCUGAAUUACGCAAAGCUCCCUGGUUCCAAGCUGGGAUACCAAGAGAAAUAACGCUAGAAGUGUUGAGCCAAGAGCCGGAAGGAGCCUUCAUGGUGCGGGAGAGCACCAGUAAACCCGGAUGCUAUGCCCUUUCGCUUCGAGUGCCGCGCGAAUUCCAACCAAGCGGAAUAGCCCAUUAUCUCAUAAUGCGUACGAACAAAGGCUACAAAAUCAAGGGCUUUACAAAGGAAUUCACAACCCUAACUGCUCUAAUUACCCACCACUCGGUAAUGCCAGAAUUACUGCCGUGCCCGUUGUCAUUAAGUCGAUACAAUCCCAGCUUUGUGAAAAGCGAUUCCAACAAAGACUUCGCGGACAUCGAUUCGGACCCCGAUUACAAUACAUUAGCCGACUUCCGUAAAAUGAUGGCCGACCUGAACGUUUAGAAUAAAGCUUCGCAAUCGGUACGAUCUGGAAAAAAUCGAUAGUUUCAUCACCCCCCGAUGCUCUUCGAUACCGAACUAGCUAAUGCGAAAAUUCGUUCGGGCAAAGACUAUGGGAGAAACCGAAGAAUAAACGCUCUUUGCGAUAGUAAUCGUGCACGGAGAUGAUUGUAAUACAAUUACAGAACAUCGAGGAGUGCGGGGAAUCACCGGAGUGUUUUCAUCGUGAAUCUCUA